AGUGGCCCUUGUACGCGCGUGAUGCGCGGACGUAUACGCGUCGCGAUUAUAGCGUGCGAGAGAGAGAAAGAGAGAGAGAGAGAGAGAGAUCGAGCUGCUGCGUCGUCGGUCGCUGUGAUCGCUGGUUUCCGCGGCAGUGCGGUGUGUACGCGCGAAACGACUUGCGAUUUCGACGGAGAUCCGGAGAGGGAUCGCGGGGGCACGCGUUAAACGUGCAUCGCGGGAUCACGCGCAAAGUAAACACAAGCACGCACGCACGUAGGCGCGCGCGCGCGCGCGUGAACGAACGAAGGGACGAGCGAGCGAAUGAACGAGCGAUCAGGCCAGACAGGCAGGCAGGCAGGCAGGCAGGCGGACGUAACGUACAAAGCAGCAUCUCGCGAUUGAGUGUAAUAGUAAGUCGUCGGUCGAUCUGCUGUCCACGACGAUCGAAUCGUCCGGGGGCGACAGGCGGAGUGAAGACUCCGCGUACGCACGCAGGCUACCACGCGAAGUGAGAAACGUGCCGAUCGGCCAAGCGCGACGACGUUCGGGACGUUGACAGCGGCAACUCGCACUCGGGUGGGCGCACCGCCGCCGUCCGCGCCGGUGGCUCGUCCGCACCGUUCCUCGCUUGCAUGCCACGCUCCGACGCUCCGAUCGGGGCUCCCUGCUGGCGUUUCGUCGUGCUGCUCGAGAUGAAAAUUGAAACAUCCCAAGACAUGACGUAGACAGUGGCAGGUGCGUGAAAAAUCGCCGCAACGGCCGCCAUGAAGAAUCUCGUGCCGUAGUUGUUAAGCGAUGUUAGUGACUGCCUCCCCAAUGGACAAUUCGCCGAACACGCUGUCGGUGGUCGAGGAGGAGGCGACGAACGUCACCGACAUCGACGACGCGUUUCCGCCCCAUGUUGACACCAGCAAUAUUGUUAUCCAGCCAGAAUCGCCCACUAGCAAGAAACAGGCGCUAAAGACUUUCGCUGAGGUGAACACGUUGCUGCAAGCCGGCAGAAAGCGGGAGGCGAAGCUGAUCAUUCGGGAGAAUGCCUGGCCACUUAACAACGGAAUCAGAACGCAACUCUGGCCAGCGCUUUGCGAUCAGCACGCGCUCGGCAAAAAUAUGCUCGAUGGAUUCUACUGGGACAUGGUGAACCAAGUCUUUGGAACUACCGAAUUGCCAGAAAAAUCAAUCAUGUUACCGCCGUUCGUCGAUAGUACGCAUUGCCUAUCUUACAAUUUGACAAGAAAAGGCAGAAACGUGGCGGACAGAAUCGUAUCUGUACUGGGAUAUGCUUGUCCCGAUAUCACGUACAGCCCAUCCCUUUAUCCGUUAACUGCACUCCUCUUGCAUUUUGUGCCAGAGGAGGAAUGUUACCACUGUAUGGCUACUUUGGUAGCUGCCAAAGAGAAAAUGUUUAUCACGCAAACCAAACUCCUUUAUGAAGUUACGUGGAAAACAGUAGAACAAAUCACUAAGAAACAUGUUAAAUCAGCUGCUGUACAUUUAGCGAGGCAUUGCUCCGGUUCAAGGGCAGAAAGAAUCUACAUGGACUGGAUCUGGUGGAUUCUUCAACUUCUUCCAUUUCAACAUCUAGUCAGGGUUAUGGACUGUUUUCUUCACGAAGGCAUUAAGGUCUUUUAUCGGGUCGCUAUGGCUAUAGUUUUAUUAUUUUAUAAGCACUCUUCGCCUCAAAAUUCCGAAUGGAUGAAAGAGAUUUCGAAGAAUGGUAUAGAUGCUGCUUUGUCGAAGUUCUGCAGACAAAUGCCAGUGACACCCGCUAAAUUUCUGCGCACUGCUUUUGGGAUACGCGGACUCAGCUCAGCAUAUAUAUCACGGGUAUUUCUACGCACUGAAAUGGCUCUUAAGAGCAAGAGCGUUCUGUCAGGAUCCCGAUCCUUGGCCAGAUCACGCUCGACAGACAAUCUACCCACCAGCCAGUCUCAAGUCAACAUUCAGAUGAUGUCACAUACACUCACAAUACGAGAAAAAGAAUGUGAAGACACGUACAAAGACAGGGGCGCACACAGUCCUGGACCACGCGCCUUAUCAAUGGGCGUUUAUCCCAUACAAAAUAUAUGCUCUCAGAUCCUAGACGUACCUGAUUUGUUUACUUUAUGGUCAUGGCUACCAAUGAGAAUCACGAUGUACCAGCCUAUCUUGCUGUACACAACCGAAGAACAUGGAUGUUCCUUGACGACGUUCUAUGUGCGAGUUGAGCAACACGAACCGACCCUCCUAAUGAUAAAAACUUGUAAUAACGAGGUAUUUGGAGCUUAUUGUUCUACCAGAUGGUGUGAACGUAAUUUGAAGGAUGAUAAGGGUCAAAGACAAGCAUACUUUGGUACCGGUGAGACAUUCCUAUUCAGUUUGUAUCCUGAACGAGCCAAGUAUCCUUGGGUAGGCAUGGAUUCAUCGCACAAUGACUCUAGAGUACAUCAUUCAGCCGAACUAUUUAUGGCCGCUGAUUCGAAGAUGAUAACAAUCGGUGGCGGGGACGGCCAAGCGAUCUGGAUGGACGAGAAUAUAAGAUUCGGUAAGACGGAUCGGUGCUCGACCUUUAACAAUCCACCCCUCUGCGCCAGUGGUGACUUCGAGAUUAGAGUACUGGAGGUGUAUGGCUUCGCCGGUGCCUGAGGGAAAAAACAGCGGUGUAUUAAUUUGUUUUCCCUACUGCCAUUUAACGACUCUCUUUCUACAUAUACGUACUAAACACUGUGUUAUAUGUCAUGAAUGUGUCUCCACGUAUCGUUCUCUUUAGUAAACGCGUAUACAAAGAACAUACAAUGUGAGAUUUGCCUAAACGUUAUAUAAAAGGACAAAAAUAUUCUAUUUGUGAUUAUAUAUCGAGAUAUUUUGCGUCUCUUUACAUAUUUAAUUUCUGGAAAUCAUUUAACAUUUUUCCGUGAUAAACUUAGAUCUUAUUAGAUCUAAACUAGUAAAAUAUUUAUCCUAUGUAACAUCUGGACAAGAAAUAUUGCUAUUUAUUAAAGAUAUAUAUAUAUAUAUAUAUUUUUUU